GCGGGCUGACCUGCACAUACGAUCGACUUGAAAACAGCGGGACUAACAGCUACAGAUAGCCUCCCCGUCUAGUGAACGCGCCUUUUACGCAACCAACAACGCGACGAAGCGCCUGUCGAGGCGCAGUUUACGGUCAGUGGAAUCCUGUGCAGUGCAUUCGAAGCAGCCAGAAGAAAGCAGUCAUGAUUCGUAGUAUGGUACGGUGUGCACAGGUGCGAGGCCGCUCGCACUAUUCAUCAGUGGCUGCGACAGCUGCCGCCAACAAGAGUGCUUCGGGCAGACUGGACGAGUUCCGAACGCUCGAGACAAAUGCGGACCGGCACGGCUCUUCCACCCUCGGUCGCUUCUACACGAUUCCGGCCGAUGCGCGGAAGCAAAUCUUCACGUACGGUGGCCUACCGAAAAGCUACGAGCGACAGAUCAAAACCUUCAACGAGUGCUGUCUGAUGGUGCGACGGCCAGCGGUCGAGAUCAUUGAGCACCUCCGGGUGACCGACUUUAGCCGGCCGAUAAACCGCUUCGUCCUGUAUGGAGAGGAUGGGGCAGGCAAAUCGCUGACACUUGCCCACCUGCUCCACUACGGCUACCAACAGCAGUACGUGCUGGUGCACGUACCGUGGCUGCCAAAUUGGCUGAAGCGCCCGAAGGAGACGGCCAACGCCAACUCUGUUGAAGGGGCACUCGACCUUCCGCUCGAUGGGGCCGCUUGGUUAGUACACUUCAAGAACCAAAACGGAGCCCUGUUAGAGCGGCUCGGUCUGACCGUUAGCCGCGACUACGUAUGGACAAAGCGAGAAACGACACCGGCUGGUGCACCACUGAUGGCACUCGUCGAGCACGGCAUCAGCCGGGCCAAAUUCUCUUGCGACGCCAUUGCCGGGCUGGUGCACGAGCUGAAGCAACACUCGACAGCUGGACGCGCUCGCACAAUGGUCGUCAUCGACGGCUACAAUGCACUGUUCCAUCCGCACACACGCAUCCAAACCGAGAACAAGGUGCGCCUAACGCCGGACCGUAUCACCUUGGUCCAGCCGUUCCGCGAGAUCACGCGCAACGACUGGACGAACGGCGUAUGCGUGCUGGCGGUCGAUCGGCUCGCGCUCACUGAGGACCGGAUGGCCUCCACCCUGCCACUGUAUUUGCUGUACCGCGAAGGGUUCGAGCAUCUCGAUCCGUUCGUUCCGAUCCGCGUCGAUGGUUACGAUGAGACCGAGUUCCACAGCUGCAUCCAAUACUACCUUGACCGGAAGUGGAUUCAGACGACCGAACCUGGCUUCGACUUGGAGUUGAAAGCACUCAGCUGCCAGAAUCCCUACCAGCUUAUGCAGUUAUGCGCGUCACUGUGAGAGCGCUCUUGAUAGUUGUUAAAAAAGCGGGAAAAGGAGGUGGACCUGUAUUCAAUAUACGUUCAAUGUAAUAAAAGCUCCAAAUGCAAUAGUUUAGUAACGGGCAUGUACCAGACGGCUGUCUGAAGGUGUGGUCGCUAUGACACCGAUUGCUUGCCCCACGUAUCACUUCCUCGAUUGCCUUUGCCAAUUGUACUAUCUUCAGGACGGUAACCCGU